AAUCUGACUUAACAAAUGAUUCAGUUUGAAAAUGCAACUCAGAUUAUUAACAUUGUUGAGUGCUUGUCUUUUUUUCGUGGAUUAUGUAUCCACAAUGUGUCCUCAUGGUGGUACAGGUCCAACGGCAUUUUCAAUUGCUAUGGAAAAGCGGAAUCUUGAAGUUUUUGAACAAAUCAAACAACUGCAGUCUGAAGUGUUUCUUGUAAAUGGUUCAGUUCAAAAUAUAAAACUUAUAAGAGAUAGCACCCUCGCAAAAAUCCUGGGCACAAUUAAAUCUGAUAUCAACCUAAUUGGAAGCUCUUUAAAAAACAGCAGCGCUAUGGAUAAAAAUAAUAAUCAUAUCUAUGCACAACUAGACUAUAUAAUCUGGGAAAUAAGUAAGAUUGAUGCUUUGGUCCAGGAUGCAUGUAAAACUAUAUUUCCUGCUUGUAAUGCCACUGAACACAGAUUAUACAGCUCGGAGUGCAAUAAUUUGUUAAACCCACGCUGGGGUGCAGCAAAUAUAGGGUUCAGACGUCUCCUCCCUGCAGCAUACGAGGAUGGGAUUGGAGUUCCUAGAGGAGGUUUUCCAUUCCUUGGUCAAACUAAUAGAUCUCUUCCUUCGGCUAGAUUCAUUUCUCAAGAGAUUACAAAACAAAAUCUUCAAUGGAGAAGGCAAGAGUUUGGAUAUUCUGACCUUUUUACAGCAUUUGGACAGUUCAUGUCACACGACUUCAGUUUCUCCCCUGAGGGCAAAGCAAAUGAAUGUUGUAAGAAUCCAACCAACCCGGAAUGUUUUCCUAUACGAGUUCCUGAGGAUGACAAUCAUUUCACAAGCACUACCUGUCUUGAUCUUAGGAGAACAGUCCCCUUCUGCAACAUGGAGGGCAAAAUUAGGGAACAAAUGAACGCUGUAACAUCUGUAAUUGAUGCCAACACGGUAUACGGUUCAGAUGAAACCCAAGCUCUGAAGAUCCGAACCCAAGUUGACGGUUUAUUAAAAGUUAAUCCUAACUUUGACCGGCUUAUACCUAUACUGAAUGGGUCGUUGUCUGCUGGAGAUAUGAGACUAACUGAAUCCCCUAUGCUGACCACUUUACAUACACUUUUCCUCAGGGAACACAACCGAUUAGCAGGAAAACUAAAGAAGAAAUCUAAAAGUAAAGAUGAUGAAUUUAUUUAUCAAAAAGCUAGAAGUUUAUUGAUAGCAGAGCUCCAAAGUAUUGUGUAUAAUGAAUAUCUACCAAUUCUGCUGGGUGCACAACUUAUGAAAUCAAGAAAUUUUUAUAUAAAACCAAAUCCCCAGACAGUUUACAACAACACUAUCAACCCUAGUACAACAAACAGUUUUGCAACUGCAUCUUUCAGAUUUGGCCAUACCAUGGUUAUGGACAAGGUUACUUUGAAGGAUCCUGCUCUCUUUAAUAUUUCUCAGUUUCCGCUUCAUGAAAACUUCUUCAAUCCUAAUCUUUAUCAUUCCGAAAAUGGUCAAGGGUUUGUUCAAACUCUUCUAGGUCUGAUGUCUGUACAAUCAAAGAUGGUUGGACCUAACUUUUCUAGAGAGAUAACUGAUUUCCUUUACUUUGAUAAAAUGUUAAAUACAAGCAGUGAUCUUCUCGCAAAAAAUCUACAAAGAGGAAGAGACCAUGGGAUUCCAGGUUACAAUCAGUUCCGUGAGCUGUGUGGUCUGUCUAAAAUUAAAUCCCUGAGUACUCCGAUUCCUCCGUCUUUCAUCAACAGGAGAAGAUGGAAUGUCCUCCGACAGAUGUAUUCCUCCCCGGAGGAUAUAGAUUUAUUUGUCGGAGGUGUGAUGGAGAAAACAAGGAAGGGUAUGCCUGGUCCAACAUUUACAUGCAUCAACGCAGAACAGUUCGAGGCACUUUUAAAAGGUGAUCGGUUCUUCUUUACCCAUGUUGGAGAAAAAACCAGCUAUAAUUUCCAGCAAAGGAAACAGUUAAACCGAAGACGACUCCGCGAUAUUAUUUGUGAAAACACAGCAAUACAAAGAGCUCAGCUGAACGUGUUUAAAACCAGGGGAUGGCAAAAACCCUGUUCAAGAGUAAAUUCUUUGGAUGUUUCAUUGUUUCUUUGAAAUUUUAAGAACUAAAUAAAUUCCAUUGAUUUAA